AUGAACACAAAAAAAGGCAACGGGAGAACUGUUGCUCUCUCAAAGCGAAAGGCUCAACCACACGCUCUCGAAAAGUUGGGUGACAACCCAACAGAAGACGAGAUCAAAAUUGCAGAGGCCAACGUUGCACUCGCUGAACUUGAGGAGAGAGUGGCCGAUGUCAGAGAAUCGUGGGAGACAGACUCUUUGUUUGAAGAUGCUUUUGAUGAGUUGAACGCUGAUAAUACCGUGGCCGUUGAUGACCCCAAAGUGUGCACACCUGAAGAAGCUAGCAGACUUCGUCGGGAGCUCCGAGAAUAUGGUCCAACCGUCUUUUGUCAACGCACUGUUGAUGCUGGUCACUAUACCGCCAGAAAGCUCCUCAGCGCCUUUGGCAUCCGUCCUCCUCCCUUCCUGGAGGGUCAGCCUGAUGAUGCCUAUUUCAGUUUACUGUCGCUCGCCAUUACGCGUGAACUGUCUAAACGCGCCAAGCUUCUGCGUCACAACACGGUUGACGAUGCUGUUGACCUGAUCACUAAGAGCAACAACAUCAUCCUCAUCACUGGUGCUGGUAUCUCUACAUCGCUGGGCAUUCCUGACUUCCGUUCUAAAGGAACUGGUCUGUACUCCAAGUUGGAGCACCUUGGUCUUAGUGAUCCCCAAGAGGUUUUCGACAUUAGUGUCUUCCGACAGGAUCCCACCAUUUUCUACUCGGUGGCCAAAGACAUUUUGCCGAGCACGGACCGAUAUACGCCCACUCACAAGUUCAUUGCCAUGCUCCACGAGAAGGGCAAGCUCUUGACCAACUACUCUCAGAAUAUCGACAACCUCGAAGUCAAAGCCGGUGUUCCCAAGGACAAGCUCAUCCAAUGCCACGGCUCCUUCGGAACCGCCACAUGUGUUCAGUGCGGUUACAAAUGCCCAGGAGAGGCCAUCUUCCCCGAGAUCAAGGCUGACAAGAUUCCUCGAUGCCCGCGUUGCGUCCAGACUCUGCGCACCACUGGCGGUGCGCCCAAGCGUAAGCGGUCUGCGGGCACAGAGAAAAAGCGAAGACGGUGGAGUGCCGACAGUUCCGACGAGUCUGAGUAUGACAUCCCCAGUGCUGGUGUCAUGAAGCCCGAUAUCACGUUCUUCGGCGAGGCUCUUCCUGAUGAGUUCUCUCGACGACUCACCGAGCACGAUCGUGACAAGGUAGAUCUCGUCAUCGUUAUUGGCACUUCUCUCAAGGUUACGCCUGUAUCUGAGAUCGUGUCUUGGCUCCCCGCCAAUAUUCCUCAGAUUUACGUAUCUCGCCAGGCUGUUAAUCACAUCAAUUUUGACAUUGAUCUCCUAGGAGAUUGCGACGUUGUUGUCUCUGAACUAUGCCGCCGUCUGGGUUGGCCAAUGGUGCAUGAGAUGGUUCCCAAAAAUCAAAAGGUCGAAGUCCGUACUGAGCCUGGCUUUAAGAGUCGCCACGUUUUUGAGGAGCAGAAGGCCAAGAAGUGA